AUGGCGGCCGUGGUGAGGCAGGACCUGGUACAGCUGAUGAACUCCAGCGGCUCUCACAAGGACUUGGCGGGCAAGUAUCGUCAAAUCCUGGAGAAGGCCAUUCAGCUGUCAGGUGCAGAGCAGCUGGAAGCUUUGAAAGCUUUUGUGGAAGCAAUGGUGAAUGAAAAUGUCAGUCUGGUGAUCUCACGUCAGCUCCUGACAGAUUUCUGCACCCAUCUGCCAAGUCUUCCUGACAGCACAGCUAAAGAAAUUUACCACUUCACUUUGGAAAAGAUACAGCCCAGAGUGAUUUCAUUUGAAGAGCAGGUUGCUUCAAUAAGGCAACAUCUUGCAUCAAUCUAUGAGAAAGAAGAAGACUGGAGAAAUGCAGCACAAGUGUUGGUGGGCAUCCCUCUGGAAACAGGGCAAAAACAGUACAACGUAGAUUAUAAGCUGGAGACCUACCUGAAGAUUGCCAGGCUGUAUCUGGAGGAUGAUGACCCAGUUCAGGCUGAAGCUUACAUUAAUAGAGCUUCCCUGCUGCAGAAUGAAUCAACUAAUGAACAGCUGCAAAUCCAUUACAAGGUUUGCUAUGCUCGAGUCCUGGAUUACAGAAGGAAGUUCAUUGAGGCUGCCCAAAGGUACAAUGAGCUCUCCUACAAGAGCAUCGUCCAUGAAACCGAGCGGCUGGAGGCACUCAAGCAUGCUUUGCACUGCACCAUUUUGGCAUCAGCAGGCCAGCAGCGGUCUCGUAUGCUUGCUACACUCUUCAAGGACGAGAGAUGCCAGCAGCUUGCAGCCUAUGGGAUCUUGGAGAAGAUGUACCUUGACAGAAUUAUCCGUGGAAAUCAACUGCAGGAGUUUGCAGCUAUGCUGAUGCCUCACCAGAAAGCAACCACAGCUGACGGUUCCAGUAUCCUGGACAGAGCUGUUAUUGAACACAACUUGCUGUCAGCAAGCAAGCUUUACAACAACAUCACUUUUGAAGAGCUUGGAGCAUUACUGGAGAUCCCUGCAGCCAAGGCAGAGAAGAUAGCUUCUCAGAUGAUCACUGAGGGGCGCAUGAACGGCUUCAUCGACCAGAUCGAUGGCAUUGUGCAUUUUGAGACUCGUGAAGCUUUGCCAACCUGGGACAAGCAGAUUCAGUCCCUGUGUUUCCAGGUCAACAACCUGCUGGAGAAGAUCAGUCAGACAGUCCCAGAAUGGACAGCACAGGCAAUGGAGGCCCAGAUGGCUCAGUGACUCUGCAGCCACUGUCUGAAUGGAGGCAACCAACUGCCUGCUGAGCUGGAAGAGGGGAACUGAGCAGGACUGUGAAGCAAACAAAUCACCCACUUCCAUUUCCCCACCUUCUGCUUUCACCCUGGCUUAGGGCACAGUUGGGUGAUCCCCCGUUGGCCAUGGCAGUCCUCCAGUUCUCCCAGCAUAGGAUGGUGCUGUUGCUGCCUCUGCAUUGUGCUCUGCUGUCCUGAGGGCUGUGCUUUCCACACAGAAGCUGUAAAGUCUGCAGCAAGCUUUGGGUUUGGAUUAUUUAAUUUCCCCCCCCUGCAUUGCUAUAGCUUUGCUAGCCCAUCACUUCCUGUGAGGCUUGGCCUGCUGUGAAAAUGUCAGUGCCAUCUUUCUUUUAGUUGUAAUUAUUCUAAUAAAGGCUGGAAUGAGCCACUUAGUUCAA